UUUCCGUGUCUAUCUACCGCAGCACGUACACGUACGAGUUUGCAGAGUCAGAACCGAAUCUACCUGAAAAGCCGUAAUUUCAUAAAAGCCGAUGUUACAGCAGGGACCUGGGUCCUCUACACUAAUCCAAACUACAAUGACAAGGAAGGGGGCACAGAAGACACUUUCAAGAUUGUAAAACAUGGAGUAAAAGACGUAGACAUAACUAGCGUCAAUGGUUCCAUGUUCCUGAUAGACGGAGGAAUCGUUUUGUUUGAACACUUUCUCUAUGGUGGAGAUAGGAAGGUACUGCGAAUAUAAUAAAUGAACUUAUUCAGUAAUAACUGGGGAAACCUAUGUUCUCUUAGUUCUGCUUUACUGUUCCUAAAAACAACGCAAAUAGAUCAAACCUCCCUCUCACCUGUGGAUGUGAGACACCAAAGAUUUUUUUCAGUUUUACUUUAAGAUUCAGCUGAAGCCGGUUAGAAAAGAGAUUUCAGUGGCUUUUUACUUGAACUGGCUUUGUUUUGUGAACUCUGGUCUGGAAUCAUUAUUCUCAAAAGAAACUAAUUUUCUCGUAAAAAAUUACCUUGCGAUUCAAUAAUCUGCUAAGAGGUACGAUAGUAUCAAAUAUAGUAAUAUAGGAUGAGUAAUUUUAUUUUUAAUGAUGCUUGUUUCAGUUCAGUUAAUUUUUAAUAUGUUUUAAAGUUUAAGUUCAGUUAAUUUUUGAUAUUUUCAAUAUCUGUUUGCAAGCAGAAACCUUAACGGUCUAACUGAGAUCAUGUAUCAGAUACUUUUAUUCUUAAAAUCCACCUCGGAUACGCAUAUUACUCUUUCUUUCUUAUUCAUUUGAAAUUGAAACGACAAAUAUGUUCAUGCAUUCCCUCGAAAACCAUACCCGCGUUCAGACCAAAACAGGUAAUUAAGUGUAUACCCGUUUACAGACCAAAACGGCGCAAAAACCAUACCCUUUGGGGCGGCACAAACCAAUAAAAAUUCCUACCCUUUCAUAUACCUAAAGCCUGAAAAAGGUACCUCAUUCGGGCGGAGCCUCCCCGUAUAGGUCAUUACAGGGAUCACCCCCUGGGGGUGAAUUCCAUCUUGGUUUGUUAGUAUUUAUUUUUUUUCUGUUUGUACCCGUGUUGUAUAUAAAGUAGUCUUAAUGCUGAUCCAGACCUCACGAAGGUCUUUACUGACAUAAUCUGAGUGCUAUCUUUUUAUAUUUUUUUUUCUGUAGUGGUUUCAUGACAGUUGCGCUGAUGUGAACAGUAUUUUCCCAAGUGGAACAAGUGAAGGCGUCUCCUCUGCUAUCGUUUUUUCUCAGAACCGGUCCGUAGACAUCUUCACCAAACCCAACUAUGAAGGCACGAAAUUUACUCUGGAACCAGGAAAGUGGUAUGAAAAGUUAAACAAGGCAGUCACUGGAUUCGCACUGAACGACAAAUUGCAGAGCUUCAAAUUUAAUCCAAAAGCUUAA